AUGUGCUGGGAUGAGGAAGAUGGUUGGAGUACGGGUAUAUGUAUCGUAAAUCUUUGGAUUCUCCCAACUGUUUGUGCUGUCGGCAUAAUCCUGAACACUUGUUGCUUACUCGUGUUCACCUCACAUCGAUCACAUCCACUCGUACCAGCAUUAAUCGUACUAUCAAUUUGCGAUUUACUUCAAUUAACACUUACCGUAUUCGUGCUUGGUAUACCAGCGCUGCAUGAAUACACUAGAUCGGAUCAAUUUGGAGUCCUAGCACAAAUUGCUUAUAUCACCACGGGUUUAUUGUCACCACUGUUGAUGGCAUUCAACUGCGCAAGCAUAUGGACAAUUUGCUAUAUUUCCGUGCAACGACAUAGGGUACGUAGCUUCCAGUAGCU